UCCAGGGCUGAACUGGGAGACUGUGCUCACACAUUCAUUCACUUCUCCUGGCAGCAGCACAGGAGAGGUGCUAUUCUUAGCCCAUUUUACAGGUGAGAAAACAGGUACAAAGAAGUUAAGUGACUGGUAGGUGGUACAGCUGGGGUGCCAACCUGGGCCGUGUGGUUCUGUGGGAGGCCUCCAGAGGCCCCUUGGGCAUAGCACCCCUGGACAGGCGGCUGGGGCACGGCUGGCCAGGGAUCGUGAAGGCUGCCCGCUGAGAAGCUGACACUAGAGCACGAAGGGUGGGGUCUCCCGAGGAAAUGCAGCCUCUGUGCUGAGCCCCUGGGGUGGGCAGUUGCUGUCCCAGCUGCUGAUCAGCCUUAUGCUCUCACAGAUGUGGGAUGUGGUGCCAGCCAGUCUCCAGCUGCCGCCGUUCCUGGGGCCUCAUCCUGCGCCCGAGGCAGGACUGGGGACUGUCCCUGGGGCCUCGUCCUGCACCCGAGGCGGGGGGGGCGGGGGGGGACUUUCCCAGGAUUAGCGAGGCAGCAGCCAUGUCUUUCUAGGCUGGAGGACUGGGAGUGGAGGGAGGCCUCUGCAACCCAGACCCUGGCACCAGCUUUGCGCUUUGGGCCUCUACCCCUGGCCUAGUGCACUCUGGGUUCUCAGCACCAGGAGCAGGGACUGUCUGGCUUCCUGGGCACCCAGCUGGUGGGUGGGGUCCAGACUGAUGGGCUGACACAGGCUUAACGUUUAACUAGCCCACGCCCCAGGCCGGCUUUCUGAUACCGGUGCCUGCUGACCGGAGGUAGUGCAGGAUGGGGUCCCCGGGAUGGGAGUCUGCCUGCUUGCCGCAAGGACUGCUGGGACUUCCUGCCUACAGACAGGAGGCUGGGAGUAUCAGGUUACCAAGGAAACCAAGUCAGGCCAGCCAAGGUCUGGAGAAGGACAGGGCCGGGGAGUCCCUGAUCCCUCACAUACCUUGGGCUCUAAUCGUCCUCCUGCAGUAUAUGUGUGCGUGGGGGGGGGGGGGGGCUAGGUAGAGAGGAGUAGUCCUAGUCCUCCAGAGAUGCCCCAUCCCAGCCUCCCCAACCAGAAUUGAUGGGCCCGCUGGGUAUCUUCCGGGGUCCUCUGGCUCUGCUGCUCAUACCUGGGGCCAGCGUCCCAGGCCUUGGGAGAUUCCCACGUUUCGAGGCAACUCUCCUGCAUCUGAGAAGGGAAACGGGCAUGGAGGCCUACUAGCUGCGCAUACAGGACUCCCCGGUCCCUGGCAGCGUGGCUGCAAGAGUGACCCUGGCCUGGCUUCCAUAUUUCAAGCAAGUCAGAUUUGCUGACCGUGUUCUAGAGCUCCCCAACCCAGCAGCUUCUCUGUGCUCUGGUGACAGGCCAGAGGUCAGACGCUGGAGGAAGGGCUGUCUUCCCUUGUUCUGGGCUGUCUUCCGGCUCUGCUCUGGGGCUGGGGGAUGGCAUGCUGGGACUUGCAGGACAGUCCUGACGUGGUGGGAGAGGUGGGCGGCCGGCAUCCUACGCUGUCCCUGUCAGAGACGGGCCUGGGCCCCACCUUCCGGGGCUCCCAGUCUGGAUGGAAGGUCCAGGGCUUGUUCCGGGCACAUUGCAACUGCAGGCAGGACCCGGAGGGCCGCACGGCCCUGGCCAGGAGCACUGUUGCUGUGCAGCCGAUGGCGCUGUCUGUCCUGGGAGCCUGGACUGUGCCCUGAAGAGGCGGGCACGGUGCCCCCCUGGCGCGCACGUCUGUGGGCCCUGCCUUCAGCCCUUCCAGGAAGAUCAGGAAGGGCUCUGUGUACCCAGGAUGCGCCGGCCUGUGGGGGAGAACCUGCCCAGGCCGAGACUGGAAGACGAGAUUGACUUCCUGGCCCAGGAGCUGGCCCGGCAGGAACCCCGGCACUCCAGGCUCACGGCCCAGCCCCAGCUUGAAGGCGGACAGCAGCACCUGGAGCCCGCAGCCACCCUGGGGCUCUCAGAGCGUCGCCAGGACCCCAACCUGGGCCUCCCCUCCACUCGGGGAGCCCCUGCACCCACGGUCCACACAUCCUUGGGCUCCCCUGUGUCAUCUGGGCCGGUGCACAUGUCUCCCUUGGAGCCCCGGGGCGGGCACGGUGACGGCCUCGCCCUCGUGCUCGUCGUGGCGUGCUCGGUAGCCGGCGCGGCUGCUCUCGCCGUGGCCGCUCUCUGCUGGUGCAGGCUGCAGCGAGACCUCCGCCUGACUCAGAAGGCCGACUACGCGGCCCCGCAGGCGCCGGGCUCCCCCGCGACGCCCGGGAUCUCGCCGGGCGACCAGAGGCUAGCGCACAGCGCGGAGAUGUACCACUACCAGCACCAGAGGCAGCAGAUGCGGUGCCUGGAGCGGCAUAAAGAGCCGCCCAAGGAACUGGAGUCGUUGUCGUCCGAUGAGGAGAACGAAGACGGCGACUUCACGGUGUACGAAUGCCCCGGCCUGGCCCCCACCGGAGAAAUGGAGGUCCGGAACCCGCUGUUCGAUCAGUCGUCGCUGGCCGUGCCCCUGCCGCAGUGACCCGAAGGCUGCCGCCCACCGGCUCCCGGCCCGCACGGCCCACGGGUGGGGAGGGGCAGGGCUUGGAGUUUCCCCCUACAGAGACCGUGUUGAAGGUGGGCGUGCUUGUGGCUGGGCCAGGGCACCAGGGCGGGAACCCCUCAUUGAGCAGACUCAGCCCCGGCCUGCCAGGGACCACGUUCCCCUUGUACCUGCCCUCUGGAGUGGGAACCGCAAAUGAGGGGAUGGGGCGAACCCCCUAAAGACCAGGCGCGGAUGAGGCACCCUGGAGACAAAACCAUUAAAAUACAUUUCAAACCCA